GUAGAAAGUAGCUCCUUGCGAAUGAGUGAGGGCGAUGGGCAACACCGUCCCGCGGAAGACCAGCGACGAGGCCUCGCCGUCCAUCCACGGCCAGUGCCUCGACUUCAUUCGCCGGGACGACAGAUACCAGCUCUACGACGAGGCCAAGGACAUCGGCCGCCUCAGAACCGCAGCCCGCUUCGUCGGCAAUGACCACUUCCCUGCCCAGACGCUCCGCGAGCGACUCAAAUGGUCACUGCAUCGCACUCGGCUCGCCGAUGGGAGCCGGCUGGACACCGUGAUAGCCUUCGACCCGCAGUCGGUGACCGAGGCGCGGCUGCUGCUGGCGGCCAUGUGGAUGGUGGAGAAGCAGAGGUGGGAGGAGGUGGCUGAGGUGCUGCGGUGGGCCAGCCAGUGUGGAUGUUGCACCCUGCCCGUCAACGUCACCGCUGACGAUAUCAACAAACACGCCGACAAGACGGUGGGACUCACAGGGCGGGCGGGCGGGAGGGAGGGCGGGCAAGAAAGGGCCUGAUUUACCCAUUCAUGUGUGUGUGGUGUCGUGUGUGUAGGCGUAUGUGUCGAUUCCCCGUGUGUUGGCGCAGCUCAUGGUGGUGGGGCGUCACAUUGACUUCGGUGACGGCAGCCGGCUGCAGCUGUUCCGCCAUGGCCACGAGGUGCGGGCCAUCAAAGACCAGCCCGGCUUCCGGCUCCCCCUCAACCCGCCCCUCCCGCCCGGCGACCCGCACCACCGACUACACGAUGACCCGCCGGUGCACAGCCGCAUCUACUACGACGGCUGCAGAUGGAGGACUGGGGUGCUCGUCACCUAUGCGUCGGUGUCGUCGUCGGCUAAGGACAUGAUCCUCAAGCAUUUCGUUGAGACUCACCAGACCAAUGACACUCCCUCAAUAGGUAACCCACCGAUGGCACCAGUGGGUGAGAGGGGUGCGUGUCUGAUUGUGUGUGUGCGUGUGGUGUGGUUGGUUCAGGCAUGUUGGCGGCGGCCGUGUGGAUGCCCUCCUCACCCAGUCGCCCCACACACCAGUGGCUGGAUGCAGCACCACAUUCUGCCAGGACGGUGAUCGAUACCUGGUGCUCACCAACAGCACCCACACCUUCGUCGCAUGGAUUGUCAUCAUUAACCACUGGGGGACCAACAACGGUCAGACAGACAGACAGACAGACAGGCAGCUUUGCUGGUCACGUGCCACCAAUGUUCUCUCCCUUUGUGUCUGCAGUGGGCGUGGUUGUGUGGACGACCGAGGCGCCAGUGUCUGCUGUGGGUGGUGCCCUCAAGGACCGCUUCCCCGAGACGACCGCCCUGGCUCGUGUGGCGCUGGGGGCUGUGGGGCCUUACGUGUUCGACGGACAGCCGCCGCCGCCGCCGCAACAGCCACAGCAGCCACAGCCACAGCCACAGCAGCAGGGGGGCGACGAUGGUACGACGGGUACGAGACAAAGAGACAGAGGGAGGGAGGGAGGGAGGGAGGGAGGGACACACACACGUGUGGAUGGAUGGUGUAGAUGGAGACGUUGGUGAUGGCGAUGCUGAUGACGGUGAUAUGCAUCCCAACGACGGACAAGAGGCCAGCAGAGGUACGCAUCACAGCACAGACCCCCUGGCUCCUGUCGAUCUGCAUCACUCGUCUAGCUGUGUGUGUGUGUGUCAGGUAGCGACGAGUACUCGGAGUGAGUCAUGAGGCGGACACGGCUAUGGAGGCAAGAGGGGCUGUCGAGGCCGUCGAGUGCCCACAGACAUACAGACAGUGUGAUGAUACGUGGAUCGGUGCGUGGGGGUGCAGAAAAGAUGGUCUCCAUGGCUGGCUGCCGGGGGCUAUGGUGUGUGAGAGUGUGGCCGUCUGUGUAGAAGAAUUGAGCAGCCCACCAGCUGAGCCGCUGCAUGGGGGUCUGUCUACUCACUGGUAUUGUUUGUUUUGGCAGUGAGAGUGUGAGGCGCCACACAGACCCAUAAGUCUGACGGGGGAGGGAGCAAACCAGGGAGACAGGCAGCACGGUUCCUCACCUUGUCGUCCAACACACACAGAGCAUCCUCUCUCUCUCUCUCUCUCUCUCUCUCAUCCGUUGACUCUUUGUGCACAGCACAGCACGUGUGAGGGCUUUGGUGGAUGGAUCUUUGUGUUUGGGUCGGGCCCACUGUGCGCCCAUCGACCGGUUGCAACGCUAAUCCAUCUUUGCAUGAUGGGUGUGUUGGUAUCCCGGCCACACACAGAUGACAGAGGAGCGCACCGCCAACCGAUGUAGGACCACUUGCUGACAGACAGAGAGAGAGGGAGGGAGUGGUGUUAGCAAGACCAUCCAUCCAUCCAUCUGUGGCGCAUUGUUUGCUCCAUUCCAUACACAUAUACAUCGCCGUGUGUGUUUCACACUCGUGGCCCAUCCACUCACCCACAGACAGACAGACAGACAGACCGCGGCCAUGCAGUCAGUCAUUGUUGCCUUACUGUCGGUCGGGGCGGCUUCCUCUCUCUCUCUGUGUUUCGCUUUGAGUUCAUAUCUGUGUGACCCUCUGCACGGCACUCGGUACGGUCGCCGAGGCGCUUUUGCCGAGGGCUUUCAUGUGCACAGCCACAGACACUGACUGGAGUGAUGCGCUCCACUUCUCCUUAUUGCUCGUGGUGCGGGGAUGGAUGGCCAUGUGCUCACGACAGGUCGGUCUCUGCUGCCUUGACUGCCUCAGUUUGACUCUCUCCCCCUCCGUGCGUAUACGUACAAUACACCGUACAUACAUAUGAUAUGUACAUCACACUGAUGCAUUAUGUAUGUGUAUAUAUAUACCUCGCUGGCUGGGUGGCUGGCUUGCAUGCUGCCUGGCCAUGGUGUGUUGCCCUCCUCUGUCUGCUGGCCGGUUUUGACCUGAUGCCUCGGCCGACCGCUGUGGGUGUUUGUGUGAGUGCCUGCCUGCAUGCAUGCAUGCAGUACGUGCUUUUUUCGACUGAUUGCUCGUGUGGAUGACUUUUGGAGUGAGAGCACGCCACUCAAUCUGUGUCUAGCUGUCCAUUGAGGCAUUAUGCGGAGGGGGUGCAUCGUGCCGACCGACCGACACUCACCACCCCUGAGAUGAUAGAUAUGUUGGUGUUCGU